AUGUCUUGCUACGACCUGUGCUCCAACUCUGCCUGCGGCAUCUACCAUCCCCAGCCCCUCGCUGACAGCUGCAAUGAGCCAUGCGUCUGUCAGUGCCCUGACUCCACGACUGUGAUCCAGCCACCCCCUGUUGUCAUCACCUUCCCCAGCCCCAUCCUCAGCUCCUUCCCACAGGAUUCAGUUGUAGGAUCCUCUGGAGCACCUGUCCUUGGGGGCUAUGGCUCCUGGGACUAUGGAGGCCUGUAUGGCUAUGGGGGCUCCUCCCUGGGUUGUGGGGGUCUGUAUGGCUAUGGGGGCUCCCUGGGUUACAGGGGCCUGUAUGGCUAUGGUAGAUCCUAUGGUUCUAGCUCUUGCAGCCCUUACUCCUACCAGCACAGCAGGUACAGCCAUGGCAGCUGCGGGCCCUGCUAAAUCCUACAGAAAUAUCCCAAGUGAGCUAUAACCAACAAAUGAGAUGUGAUGGUUUCACAGCUAAAGAGAUCUGAACCUCCACUGCUUUGUUCCAAGACCACAGAGCUGUAUCCCUUCAGCCCCCUUUGACUUUCUCCUCUUCUACUUCCAGUUUCUGCCUUAAUGCUUCUCCCAUGACAUUUCCAUGUUGCCUGGCGUAAACAUGUAAUAAAGUUGCUCAAAACAGUUCCUGUCUGUUCAAAUCAACAGUUAAGACUCAGGAAGAAAAAAAAAAAAAAAAUCAAUCACAUGUGAAUGUAUCCCUGACUGGAGAACUGUAUUGGAGAUUCUGAAAAUGUAUUUCUUUUCUCACUAUCAUUAAAAGUUUACUG